GUAUAAGUGCACGGGGUGAUCAAUAAGGCCUGAAUUGGUCUGUAAUAAAGUAGGCAAUGAUAAGGGGUAUUGCCACCACCUCCCAACUCCGUGCUGCCCCCGUGACCUCUGUUCACCAUCAUGCCCAUUUUGUGUUGCCUUGCAAAAGCCAUGCCUUUCUUGUGCCCUCUGUUACUAAUAUGCACCACCCUGUUUAUCCCCCUGUGCCGCCCCCUAAACUGCCCAGAAUCUCCGUGCUCUGCUCUGUACCCCCUGUAGCUCCUGUGUCUCCCUGUGAUUUCUAUUGCUGCCCGUGUGGCACUCCGUAUGGUGAUGUGCUGCCCUGUACCGCACCCCUCUUCGCUUUCUGUACAGCCAAUUCUCCCUUCGCCAGCUUGCGUUGCUCUGUACUAAUGGUAACUUCCGUUACAUUUCUGCCUUGCCAUGUGCUGUUGCGUGUCAUACUCGGAAUCUCUCAGAGUCUUUAUUUAUCCUGGAAGAAUCCAAUGAGCUAUGAAGCUCUUUUUCACGGAUGUUCCUUUUUGCACCACCUUGCAUCUGUGCGUACUUGCCCGCUAAUGUCAUGCAUAUCCUUUCUCUCUCCUUUCCCCUGCACCACCACCCUCUCUUCAUCCCUGUCGAAUUCUGUGCAGUCUUGUUCAACCACGUAUAUAAAUCAACCAUUUGCCUCUACACCAUACAGCACCGGCUUGUACCACCAAGUGACUCCCAGCAUCCCUUAAGUACAUUUCUGCACCUUUCCUCACCGCCUAGCACCUCUAUGCACCUUCCAGCUCAUAUUUGUACCUCCCAACGUAUCGCCAGGUCACGCAGGACAGCGAUGUGCGUGUGUGCGUGCCUGUGUGGCACACACAAGCGGGACUUACCGAGGCGUGCACUAACAGCACUGACAGAUAAAUUAGGAGAGAGAGAGAGAGAGAAAAAUAAUAAAAACUGAAAAAAAUGCAAUCAAUGCGUGUGGCUGGUUAGGAUAUCGAUCUGGCUCGGGUUUCUGCCAUGAACGUUACCGUGUUGCGCAGCUGCUGCUUUUUCCUCGCGGAUUCGAGUUUAGUUUAUACGUCAACGCUCGCGACGCUUCGCGCCGCCGUUUUGACGGCGUGAUGGCGUAAAUUGAUUGUAAUUGACCGGUUGGUGUCUUUCCCUCUGUAGGUGCCUUUUGAGAUGCGUGCUUCAUUACGCAGCGGGUUUUCAAUUAAGAUGCAAAUUUUCCAUGGCCCGCUCUAGUGGACUCGUCCGCGAUCGGUCGCCAUGGUAAUGUAGUUGCUGGUUACUGCCGCUGCCUAACCCCCCCCCCAAGGGGGGUGAAGCCCCCCCCCCUCCCCCAAGGGGGUCCACCAGGUUAGCUGGCCAUGUAGAUGCCUGCCUGUGCCUGUGAACGUAGGGACAGCCUCGAUAAUUAUAAUUCAUAAGUAGCGCGAUGGCUAUUCGCUCCGUUCUUAUAGUGCAAGGCAAGUCACGGAGGCGCACAUUUUUACAGACAAAUAUAGUCCGCUAGUAGAGAGCGCCAUUGUUACGAAGGCUUUGCCCAUCUAAUUUGCAACGUCAUUUCUCAAAUGUUGCAGAUUUUAUAUCGUUACACCAUGCUCGCGUUGACCUCAUCUUUUUGAAUCGCGUCACGGAAUCUUUGUCGUUCAUCACCUUGAAGCAGAUGGGACUGUAGUGUUUUUUGGUUAAUACACCCCGCGGUGUUAACCAGGGUGGCCGCUGGGCUCGAACCUCAAACGAGCAGCAAGCGCUCCACCACGAGACCAUGGCACCCACUGCCGCCUGAUGGACGGCGCUGCUUCCAAACCCAUGGGCGCUGGAAACAUUGAGGGCCUGUUUCGUGUGUCGGCAGAAGCUGCUUUUACAGCUGUCACCGUCGGCCUUGAUCUGUCCACUGCUGCAUUAAGAACUCCCCAAAGCAUCGCCAUCUCUCGCGGGCUGGCAUGGGGUUUGCUUACAUUGUAAAAGCAACGAUUCAUCUUUAUUCUGCACACGCGGUGAUUUCAUCACUUGAUAAACCACCGCAAGCCGUCUCGACCUCCAUUACCCACAAGCAAUAAUCUCUCAACUGCUGGUUGAAGGCCUUCCCACUCUCUCACCAUCCCUAAUGCUCUUGUGUGGGUAGUGGUCUCGCAAAACAACGAUCCAUCACGCUCCUUUACACAAGCUGCUAUUAUCGUGUCAUCAACCACCACAAGCCAUCUCAAACACCGCAAACUGGCUUUACACUGUUGAUGGGCUCAAAGUCGAGUCCAUUUUUUGCAACAUCAGCGGUUCCUAUUCUCGCCGGAGUUACAGCGACCGCCUUAAUAAGAAGGUCAUCUUUGAAUGCAAAAUCCUUGGAGACUGCGUUGGCAUCUGCGUAGAAGGAGAGGCUGAGUAUAUAAGUUGUCUGGUAUUUUUAGCCAUUUGGAGGUCGGCCAACAAAAAUAUCAAGUGUUUCCCAUUGUCUUAACAGACUCUUGCUUCUCAUUUUUCAUUCCUCACUUUGACUCGGCCUGUACAUGUUGUGCUCGUCUUUUCCAUACCGUCAGUUUUCUCUGCCCCUCCCUGUCCUGCCCUCUACUGCCUUGUACUCAACUGUUGUAUCUCCUUGUAUUUCCCUGCAUCUCCGUAAGCAUCCUGUACGGCCAUGUAACUCUAUGGUGAACUUGCUGAUCUCCAAGGGCGCCAACGUGAAUGCGAUGGACAAGAGGGAGCGGAGAGCCGUGCACUGGGCCGGCUACAUGGGCCACACGGAGGUGGUGAAGAUGCUGCUGAGCAACGGCGCGGACGUGAACUGGAAAGACAAGAAGGGCUACACCCCACUGCACGCCGCCGCUGCCAGCGGACACGUCACCGUCGUGAGGCUGCUGCUGAGUCUCAAAGCGGAAAUGAACGAGUUCAACGGCUUCGGCAACACGGCGCUGCACGUGGCGUGCCACAACGGGCAGGACGCCGUCGUGAGCGAGCUGCUGGACGCCGGCGCCGACGCCGGCCACCGCAACGAGCGGGGCUUCACCGCGCUUCACUUCGCCGCCGCAUCCACGCACGGCGCCAUCUGCCUGGAGCUGCUGGUCAACCACCACGCCGACGUGAACGCGCAGAGCUACGAUGGGAAGAGCCCACUGCACAUGACCGCAAUUCAUGGACGAUUCACAAGAUCACAGACUCUGAUUCAGAACGGUGGUGAGAUCGACUGCGGGGACAAGGAGGGGAACACGCCGCUGCACAUCGCCGCACGCUAUGGCCACGAGCUGCUCAUCAACACCCUCAUCUCCAACGGCGCCGAUGCUGCCAGGAGGGGCAGCCACGGGAUGUUUCCGCUGCACCUGGCGGCGCUGAGCGGUUUCUCCGACUGCUGCCGCAAGCUCCUCACGCCGGGCUUUGACGUGGACGCUGUGGAUGAGUUUGGGCGAACCUGUCUGCACGCUGCCGCAGCCGGCGGAAACGCCGAGUGCAUCAACCUCCUGCUGUCCAGUGGCGCCGACCUGGGCAAGAAGGACCGCUAUGGCAGGACGGCGCUGCACUACGCGGCCGCCAGCUGCCACUACUUGUCGCUGGUGAAGCUGGUGCUGUCGGGGGCAGCGCCCAACGAGCUGGACGCGCGGGGGUGCAGCCCGCUGCACUACACCGCCGGCGCCGACCGAGACGCCAGGAAGAACAAUUUGUUGGAAAGUUGUGACGUGGAGGAAGCCGGUAGUUCGCUUGACAAAUUGCAGAAGGAUGCGCUGAUGUGCCUGGAGCACCUCCUGCAGAACGGAGCGGAGCCGGCGCUGCGCGACAAACAGGGCUACACGGCGGCGCAUUACGCCGCAGCCUUCGGGCACCGGCUGUGCCUCGAGCUUUUGCUGGACAUGGCGGGAGCGGAGUUGCUUCGCGAUCCCGACAGCCGCUCGCUCGUCAGCCCCCUGCACCUGGCCGCCUACCACGGACACCACCAGGCACUGGAGGUGCUGCUGCGCUUCGUGGGCGAGGCAGACCUGCGCGACGGGCACGGCCGCGCGCCUCUGGAGCUGGCGGCGGCACGGGGCCACACGGAAUGCGUCGAGACGCUGCUGGCGAACGGGGCCUGCGCCGGCGCCAGCAGCGGCACCGCCGCCAAGCGCUGCCCGCUGCACUCCGCCGCGUGUAACGGCCACGCCGAGAGCCUCCGAGUUCUGCUCGAGUGUAAGGAGGGGAUCGCUGCGGUGGACUCGCAGGACUCCGAGGGGCAGACGCCGCUGAUGCUAGCCGUCACCAACGGGCACACGGACUGCGUGCUGCUGCUGAUGGACAAGGGCGCCAACCCUGACGCCGUCGACCUCCAGAAACACACCGCUCUGCACCGCGGGGCGGCGACGGGGCACGAGGAGUGCGUGGAGGCAGUGCUGCAGCACGAGGCGAGCGUGAGCCUCCGCGACACGCACGGCCGCACGCCGCUCCACCUGGCGUGCGCGUGCGGCCACGCCGGGGUGCUGGCGCAGCUCCUGCAGGCGCCGCGCGCCUCCCCGGCCACGCUGCGAGGCGCCGACAAGUGGGGCUACACGCCGCUCCACUGGGCCUCCUACCACGGCCACGAGGCGUGCGUUGAGCUGCUGCUGGAGCAGCUCUGCCAGAAGUUCGAGGGGAACCCCUUCACUCCGUUGCACUGUGCCGUAAUGAACGAUAACGAGAGCUGUGCGGAGAUGCUCAUUGAUGCCAUGGGAGCCAAGAUUGUGAUGUGCCAGGACGGCAAGGGGCGGACGCCGCUGCACGCAGCCGCCUUCGCCGACAACGUGGAGUGUGCGCAGCUGCUGCUGAGCCACGGCGCACGCGUGGACGCCACGGACCGGCGCGGCCGCACGCCGCUCAUGACGGGCGCGCUGCAGGGGCAGUCGGGCAUCGUGGAGUACCUGGUGAACAACACCAAGGGUGAUCUCUCUCUCACCGAUGAUAAAAAGAACACAGCGCUGCACCUCGCCUGCGGGAAGGGUCACGAGACGUGCGCUCUCCUCCUGCUGGAGAAGGUGGAGGUCGUUGCCCUCAUUGACUGCCCCAACCGCAACCAGCACACGCCACUGCACUUGGCCGCGCGCAAUGGCCUCUCCACCGUGGUGCAGGACCUUCUGAGCAAGGGGGCCAGCGUGUUGGCUCUCGACGAAAACGGUCACACGCCCGCCCUGGCAUGCGCCCCUAACAAAGACGUGGCCGACUGCCUGGCCCUAAUCCUGGCCACGAUGAUGCCCCUGUGUCCGGGGCUGGGCAGCCCCGCCCUGGGCCUCAGCGCCCUGUGCCGCCGUUCGGGGAGCCUGGGCCCGCUGAAAAGCGCGCUCUACUCCGCCGCCGAGGAGACGUACAACGGCGCGGGAAUUCUCGGCGUGGCCGCGUACGCGCGUGCCGUUGGUAGCGUAGCCUGCGGCGGCGGCCGUGGCGGCGGCGGCGGCGUCGACUCGUACGCCGGCGCCACCGACGAUUACGAUGACAUCGUCGACUCGGACUCCGAGACGUACUGAGCGCGACGCACGCUGGCUCUGCUCUACCCGCCCCCCCUCCUGCCUCCCAACCCCCCCCCCCCCUCCCUCGCGCUUUGUGAUUUACCCCGGCCGCCUCCUCCCGCGCGGACUCGACUUAAACCUCCGUCGUUCUUUCGCCGCUUCCCCCCCCGGGGGUCAUCGUCACGGCGCUCCGACUUUUACCCACGGACGCCACCGCGUGAAGCGGUCGGCUCCCUGCAGCGUGCGCUCGCUGCUGUCACCGUCGUGUGUUUAGAGGCCUCCGCCCAGUUCCUUUUGGAGCGCCUCCCGUGGCCGCGCUGUUUGCGACCGCUCCUGCCCCCCCCGCCGCCGCCCCCUGGCAGGCAGGAGCGAAUCCGCUGCGUUGGUCCGCGUGUCGGCAAAGUCGCGACGCGGCACGAUCCGGCGGUAUCGACGGGCGGUGAAGACGCCGCUGGCGGCGGCGGCGGCAAACGGCGGCUGCGUCCGUGAGGCCAGCGUUGUCGCGAUGACAUUCCACUCGACGUUCGAAGAGCCGCGGCUUCUGGCCGACAGCGCUCCCCGUCGAUUUAAUUAUUUUAUUUUUUACCGGAAAUGUUUCAGCGUUUUGGGUGCGUGCGGAGUUCUGGGAACGAAAUUGCCGAUGUACCAUACGUGUGUAAAUACGAAACGGAAAAAGAGAGAAUGUAGAUUUAAAAACCACUAUUUAAUUAAUUCGGGCACAAGUUAGGAAAGGUACUGCGUUGUAUAUGGAAAUGAAGGAGCGGAAAUUUUUGCAGCGUUGUCGAUAUUUAUUGAUGAUAAUACGUGAAACAGGGUCUGGUGCGUACGUACGAAACUGUAGCCUCUACCCUGUUUGUGGCCAAAACUUCCCGUGCCGUGUUUAACGUGUUUCGUGGUGACGUGAAGGUCGUCCGCCGCCAAUGAAGGCUUCUUGAAACCGAAACCACUGGGGUCUCGACAAAACAUAUUUUGCAAAAAUCACCAAUAGAUCGAAAGGUUGGGCCGUACAACUCAAUUGACUUUUUUUUAGCAUCCCGCAGCCACGCAUUGGCUAAACAUUCCAAGGUGGAAACUGGGGGGACAAAGAUCAUCAUUGGCACGUGGGAGAUAAAAGAAUGAAAUGAGCUGCUACUUGUGUUACCACCAUUUCUUUAAAAAGCUUGUUUCUUCGAUAACUGCUUUUUGCGUUAAGUUUGUCGUCUUUCCCCCGCACCUCAGAUUAGGACGGCUAGCUACAUACGGUGCAAAAGAAGUUGAACAUAUGUACGCGAGAAGGCGGAAUCCCCCGUAUUCUGUGAUCGCCUCCCUCAUCGUUUCCUGCAGUAGUACGAGCGACCUUAUCGUAGAUUGCAUCCUCCCAGCAAUUUGUAUCUUAUUAAUUAUGCAUAUUAGGGUUACGCUUACACCACAACCUCCUCCCCCCACACCUCCCUUCCACCCCCCAUGGGAACUUUUAUGAGUAUAAAAUGCCGCGUCUUCUUUGUGCGGAAUUGCUCUUGCUUUGCAGCUACGGUUGAAGGCGUUUGUGCACGAGAUCUAUGUCCCGUCUCUCUGGCCGUAAUGUGUGUGUGGCGGGGUCACAUAACUUGAAGAAAUAACCCAGGGCAAAAAAGACUUUGCAAAGAUGAAAAUUAGUUUGCCCAAGACAUCUUAAACGUAAGCUUCCAAAACAGCCUCUUGGUCGGGUUUACCCUGAAAAUUAUACGUCGACGCGUAUCUCGUAGAUGUCUAACCGGAGAGCCGUAUGAGGAUUUCUGCAUGAAACUUCGAUAGGAUUUCUACCCUUCGUUGACAUGUACGUGAAGUAAUGUUUGCGUGUCUCAAGUUUACGGAGAGGCGAGUGUCUUUUGCGUGCCGCUGCCGUGUGUGCGCUUACUUUCCCCCUGCCCCGGGUUUGCGCUGCGUCUCUGAGCCCCCCUCUACCUCCCUCCUACCCCCCCCCCCCCCGAUGAUAACGCCGCUGUCGAUGGAUGUCUGACGUAGACACGUCCGGGGCCAAGGACUGACGCGAGGGUUGAAACGAUUCGCCGCCGGAGCAGAACGGGAGCGACCUCGAAGACGCAAGAUACCUCCGCUCACGGCACUUGCCCCCAAAAGUCUGUUAAGGCUAUAUGGUGGUUCUUUGACUUUGUACGUGUGUGUGUGUGUGGAAUGGUUUAAAAUUGUAAGGUUUUUAACAAUUUGUGUUGACGUAACUGGUACCGCAAGGAAUAACUUGAAGCCGACUGUUUGCAAAUGCUCCACGUAAGCUGCCGCGCCCACUUUAGAUCCCCGCACACGGUUCAUGCGUUACUUUUAUUCACCGCGCGCAGAAAAAGAUGCUCCAUUUCACUCUCGAGUCGGAGCAGGAAUACAUUUUCCCCACUCGGAAGCCGCGAUGACAUCUGCACGGUGAAAGCCCACUUCAGUUCUCAAAGCCUGGCUUCUGUUGGAGACCGAUUCGGAAACUGCCUCUGUUUACGCCUCUCAUUUGCACACCGGUAGGCGUGGGAGAGGGGGGGCGGUGGGGAGUGAUUUGACUCGCAAGAGAACCGUCGCGUGGCGUCGAUGCGCCGACGGUCGGGAUGUCAUGCGAACAUUUUGAGAGCCAGGUUUCUCUUUUUUUUUUAACUAACGACACAUCCCAAAAAGAUAAACUGCUCAGCCCCGGUGUGGACACGUAUCUAGGCCUAUGAGCAACUCGCCCAGAAUCUGCCCGAUCUCAUCGAUUCUCGGAAGCUACAUUAGGGUUGAGCCUGGAUCAUGCUGGGAUGUUUGACCGCCAUGCGUGAUAGCUGUGCCGGGCUAGGUGGUGGUGUUGUACUCUACUGUCUAUGCUCCCACAUCUAUUCCUCAUUCGCCAACCCGCACACUGACCGGCAUGGCGUGGUAGGAUCGCACGUGCCGUGGCUAUGUACGCAAUCCGGCUGUGUCAUGAGCUGUCUGCCACGAGUUUGAAGCAUCCGUAAUGAGUGUAUGAAAAGUCGUCAAAUUCACUUUCCCGUGUGCCUCCAUAGAGGUCUCUUAAACAUCGCUGCUUCUCUUGUAAAUGACUCUACCGGAGUGACAUCAUCAGUGCCACAAUGACUUACUUGAUCCGAACUUAAUGAUUUUUUUUUUUUUUACGGAGCUUCAAACUCCUGUCGGACAGAUACAUCAUCAGAUGAGAGCCGUUCUCAGGUUCGUGCGGAUCGUCUCUAAACCGGACCGGGCCCCAACGUUCAACCGGAACGGGGUGGGGGGGGGGUUACUUGACUUGUUGCGAGAAACGCCACGUGAAUGGUGAAUGGACGCGAGUUCACGUGGGCCCUCCUGGGACCCCCCCCCUUUUGCCAGCCAGGGAGUUCAGCGGGUAGACUCGUUCCUGAAAAGUGCCGCGUUAAGGGAAAACCGUUUCUCCGUAAAUAAUGCAACGGUAAACGUUUGGCGAGAUACGAUGUACUACUGCUACGCGCACACGCAGAUGGCGAGGGAAACAACGGAGGGUCCGCCGCAGUGCUGCUCUGUCAUUCCGAAGCCGCGCAGCUCAAGAAAAGUAGUUUCUCGUCGACCGCUCGGAAGCGCCGUUAUAACAGGGGGGAGCGCGUGAUGACACGCGGACCCCGUUAUAAUGGGGGGAGCGCGUGAUGACACGCGGACCCCGUUAUAAUGGGGGGAGCGCGUGAUGACACGCGGCCCCCGUUAUAACGGGGGGAGCACGUGAUGACACGCGGCCCCCGUUAUAACAGGGAAAGCGCGUUCCGCGUAGUGUCAAAAGCGUUCCCUCAUGGAAGAACAGCGUAGUAGCGAAAACGCGUUAUAGUGUUAACAAGGACACGUGAAGCCGAGGGCUUACCAUUAACGACGAGAAAGUGACAGCGAACAAAGAUGAUAAAGGGUGCUGUUGGGUUGAGAAUCGCUACAGGAGUGGCUGUGUGAAGAUAGGGAAGUCGCAGCUGUUGGGGUUAUUGCUAGGGGGGUGGUUGGCUCGUGUGGUUGGCUCGUAUGGUUAGUUAGGUUUAGUGCAAGUUGAUGAUUGGCUAACUAUGUACGUACGUAUGUUGAAUUUCUUUCACACCGUACGAAGCCAGCCGUUCUCAUCGGAGGUGCGGCGGAAGGACAAAACUAAACACAAAGUUUUAAACUAAAAUUAUGGUUAGAGAUCAUGUUCAGGGCGGGUUUGGCUAAUUGGUUCGAGUUACGGGUCUGGAGUGUGGUUGGCUAAUGUGGUUAGGGCUAGUUUAAUGGUCUGUUGGCGAGUGCGGUUAGUAUUAGAGUGAGGGGUAGGGCUCGUGUUUGGUAGGCUAGCGUAGUUUGGGCUUGGGGUUAAAGUUGGUGUUUAGUGGACUAGCGUGGUUAUGGCUCGGGCCGGUGUCUGUUUUACGACUACAUGUGGCUAGUAUCAGGUGUAGGACUUACGUGGUUAGUGAUAGGGCUGGUUGUCAGUAGGCGAGUGGUUAGGGACUAGUGUUUGGUUUGCUAGCUGGUUAGUAUUGAGGUUUUGGCGGUAGGGCCAGGCUGUGGUUAGCUAUCAAGUGGCACGGAUAUAGCCUGCCCCCCCCCCCACUACCAGGUUCUUUUCAACAUUUUUGCUCGCUUAUCACUCAACUCUCCGUGUCACAAGGGGAGGAGGGGGACUUUCGAGUGUGAACCCCUCUGUUCGUAGUCGGCGACGUCGUCCGAACGUCGAACACGCGGCACCGUCUGUCUGACAAGCGCGGCGUUGCGCUGCUGCUGCUGCAUUUAUAGCAACAACUAAAGACGAGAAAAUCGAAGUUUGCAUGGACCAGACCUGACCCCCCCCCCCCCCUGCACUUUCCACGACGUCGUGCUUUAUGACUGCUGUAAACAACAGUAAGGCCGCUUGCUGUUUGUUGAGGUAGCGGCUUCUGGGGGGGUGGUGGUUGUACACGUUGACCCACAAAGGACAGACCUCAACUCACACCCGCCCCCUCCCCUCCAGUAAAUAUUCUGAGUAUUCCCAUUGUGUUUGUUUUAAGGUAUCGAGAAUUUGAAAUGUGACCCCGCCGUCUCCAAGACCCUGUCCGAAAAAUAAGGGUGGCGAGCGAGCGAGCGAGCCAUCGCUGUGCGCAGGAGCAGGGGAGCAAUUUUAUUUUCUCGAAGGGGAUGGGAGUGUUUGCUGUGCCCCCCUCCACCCCUCUUUUGCCGGGGAUAGCAGGCCACGUCACGUGGCAGGAGGCAGCCGGACCAAUGGUUUUUGAAACUCCACAACGGUUUUAGGGGUCGAGUCAGCUUCUCGAUUAGAUAAUCCAGCGUGCAGACGGCGAUGAAACAAGCAACCCAGAUGGUGCAAAGGAAAGUGUAAAAUGGUGGGGGACUGAUGGGAAAUGUUUUUAUUUACCUGCGUGAGUUGAGUGGUGGUGGUGGGGGUGGCGGUAGAGAUGUCAAGAGUGAGCCUGGCGUUUGUUUUUUGAGCCAUCGGUUUACUUUGCCCACGCGGUUUGCGGUCAUUGCGUCGGCACUGAAUCGCUCACCCUCGGACGAGUCAGCGUGCAGCCGCCUAAUGAACCGUGGUCGCGCGGUUGACCCCCUUCAACACUGUCGGUCGGUUCACAGAAAACUGAGAGUUGACCUUAUCGCAAGUGACGUAUUCUCGUCGCACGCAGGUCAGACGUGCAAGGGUAGUUCUUAAUCGGGGCUACCUCAUUCGGACACUUGAUGUUUUAUCCAAAGCGCGUAGGGGCAUGCUGCUCGGCCAGGAAUGAUUACUACGUAGCUUCUUGUGUUUGUUUAUGUAUUGCAAUUCAAUCAGAGUAGCGGAAAAGCUUCGCACAAUCCCAGCCAAGGUCGAUUCUGUUCAGUCGCUGCCACCACCAACCACCAUCCCAAUCAUCAUCACCAUGUCUAAUGAGCCGACUUAGUGUCAUUGAAAUAAACCAUAUAUCUCAAUUCCAUUAAUCACCAUCAUCAUCAUUACCACCGUCGUCACUGCCAUUUCAUUGUGUGUCAUACAGCAGCGCACAUGUUGAGACUACCUAUACAGUAUAGUGCACGGAAAUUCAGCUCUGGUUUGUCCGAUGUGAGGCUGGUCCCCGUCAUAGGAACGUGGAAUUUCACAGCACUGGCUUCAGGACCAACAGUGGAGAUGUAUGUUCAGAGACAACCGACUCUUGUUUCACGACUUGUCGGGACCCCACCCCCGAUGUGUUUUAAGAGCAGCAAUAACUUGAGAUAAAAAAUGUUGCGUGAAUGCUGGCAUUUGCCAAGUACAUAAUUCCGCGUAUACUGUAUAUAUGUUCGUUAGGAGAGAGAUAAAAGUGUGUUUCGAGAGGAGCAGUUUGAAAAGGAAACCCCUUUUACAUGUGACAGUGUGUGCGACUUUGUGUAUGUGUGUUUUGCACUGGUCAACAGCCAAUUAUGAGCAAGCCAAUUUAACGCAAUGAAUUUCUCCCGUUUAUUAUUAUGAUCGUUUGUUAUUUAAUCAGUGGACACAUUUAGAUUUUUGGGGAUACUCUCUAAUCUGGCCAAUCGCGUGCGUACCCCGGGGGGAGGUUUGAGAAUGCGCUUUUGAGAGCCGCCGUUUGUAAGUGGCGCCGUCAACGCCAACGAUUUAAAAACGUGAACAAAAUGUAAACACCGAGGCCCCCCUGACAAAGCAGCAGCAGAUAUUAAGGGUGGGUGGGAAGGGAAGCUUGGGUGGUUAUUUACUGUCAGUGGUCAUAUUGGUAAUAAUGACUGGUUAUAGUUGUGGUUCAAGGGAGUGCUGGUAGUACUAGUGAUUGGCUGGUGUGUUCGGGUCAAAGGGGAGGGCUUGUACUCCUGGCUGGUUGUCUCGUGGGUUAGGGUUUAGCAGAAGAGCUGGCUGGCAUUAGUGGCUAGUUGGUAAGAGUUAGGGAUGGAAAGAGGGCUGGUACUAGUGAAUGUUUGGUUAGUGGGAGGGAUAGUAAUAGUGGCUGGUUGAUUAGAGAGUGGGCGAGUACUCGUGCCUAAUUGGCUAGUGGAUUGGGGCAAAUGGAAGGCUUGCAGUAGUUGCUGCUUGGCGAUUGGGUUAGGGUCAUUGGGAAGGGCCAGUACUAGUAGCUACUUGGUUAGGUUUAGUGGAAGAGCUAGUACUAGUGGCUGGGUCACUCGUGUGUUCGAGUUUGGUUGACUAAUAUGCUCAACCCCCCCCCCCUCCCCCUAAACUGGCUUGCUCUCAUCCCCAUUAUAAAGUAGGUCAUGUUCAACGUUUGGCCGGUUUUCAUUUUUCAUUUUAACAGUGCCUAACCCAACAUGAGUCUCAUCCUAAAGAACCCGGCGGUCCAUUGAUGUUGAGUUCAGGUCGGUGUUGGGUCGCGAAGGUGAAAUUUAAACUGAAGAGCCAUUCCCCCUGUUAAUUCACAGCGUGUUCUCAAAUCUUUUUCAGCCUCCCCUCGUAUCAUUUUAGUGCCUUCACGUCCGCUUGGUGCCGUAAGUCAUUUUCUUUUGGCCAAUUCAGUGCUGACGUUAAGUCAUUUGUCGAACCUUCGAGGAGUUGAGCAUAUGGAUGUUGGUAUUGGUGUUGUUUUGUUUUAAGGAUUACUGUCUGGAAGGUACUAAAUAAAACCUGUGUUAAUUAUUAUAAUCACUGUUUUAAUACGAUGCGAGUAUCAUUUAGCAUGGGCUAAAUGUCAGCCAUCUGUUAUAUCGGGCAUUGCAAAAAAAAUACCCCGUGAAAUUAUAAAGAAAAAUAAACGUCUUGUUUACAAGUUGCACAUU